AUGCCAGAGAUAUUUGUCUCCAGUAAGUACAGACGGGUCGACAAUCAAGCAGAGCUAACGAAAGAUUGUAGGCGAUAUGGAUUUGAUUUUGACAGGCACCCGAAAUACGACAACUAAGCCUGCGUCCGCGGUCAAAACUAUUAAUGGGAAACCAGCUGUUGAGUACAUGACUCAAGCCGCCAAAGAUUUCUUCCGGAGUUUUAUUGAUUCUCAAGCAGACUGGAAUCAACUUUUUUCCAAUUCUGCAGCCGAAAAUUCUGGCUCCCACUCACCAUUUGAGGCAGUCAGUUACUAUCCUGGAUAUACAAAUUUCACUCUCACUUUCACUAAUGGAACGACUGUGACCGAAGAAUGGACUGCGGCCACUCUGUCUGAUUUUACAGACGUGAUGAAUGGUCAAGGGGUCUAUGACAAAUUUGUGGCACCCCUUAAACACCCCGAAAAGAUGAUGAGGAAGAAGAUGAGGUUACAGUGCCAAAAAAAAGCCUUCCCUAAAUGAAUGGGGCGGUGAGUUAUUUUUUGUUUUUUAUUCUUUUUUAGAACACUAUCAUCUUCUUUUAGUCCAUAAUGAUCAAGUAUGAUCUGCAUGGCUGUCUAAGUAGAUCCACGAGCUUAUUCCUAAGAAGCGGAAGUUUCCUUGGACGUCUCGCAUACCCAUAAUACUAGUUCACUUCGAAGAAAGGGACCUUAUUGAAUUAAGCUGACAUUGGAACUAUAGCCCCUUACCCGGCACCCGCUGCGGUACAGGAAGUGCUUGGUGCUGGAGGCUUCAUCACUGGCUACUUCUUGAAUAGAUCAUCCACAGCUGUUUUGUCACUGCCAAGUUUUCACUUCGAGGGCGAAAUUGCUCAACUCACAGCAGCCUCAACUAUCGCCGAGUUUCUUGCAAAGUGCAAAGCGGGGGGUAUGAAGAGACUCGUCAUUGAUCUCCAGGCUAACGGCGGAGGGCUUAUUGAUGCAGUAAGGUGUAGUCCUUAUAAUUCUCUUUCCUUCUCGUGAACAUAAACUGAUCCUUUGCGUUAUUCAGGGUUUUGAGCUAUUCCGAUAGCUUUUUCCAACAACUAUGCCUUUUGCUGGAAGCCAGCUCAGACUUCCGCCAUCUGCAGAGCUAAUGGGAUUAACGCGGGGUUCAGCAAAUGCGAGCAUGGUAGCUCAAAACGUAUCUGCCACGUAUUACUAUGGCACAUACCUCAAUUUUGAGGGAAAAGGCUUCCCCAAUUGGCCUUCGGUUAUUAACCAGCAAACGCAAAAGGGUGAUAAGUUCACAAAUACACUUCGCGUGAACUUCACCAAAACCGACCAGGUUUUGGAAGCGCAGGGUAUAAACACUCAAAGAGCACCCCAAUACUUUGCUGCCAAGGACAUCCUUCUACUCACUGAUGUAAGACUUGAUGAACCUUCUUGCCUACGUUCAUUCCUCACUCUUUCCAAAACACGAGCUGACAAGAAACAGGGCAGGUGUAGUUCAACAUGCGCCAUUUUUGCCGAAGAGAUGCACCAAGUUGGCGUCAAGAUCGUAGUCGCGGGUGGUCGUCCAGAACCAGGACCAAUGCAAGGAGUGAGGUGUAAAAGGCUCCGAAGUCUUUACAUUCGCAGACAUCGAUACAAAUGGGGAAGCCAUAAGAGAGAUCAACAGUUCUCUCCCUGCAAGCUGUUUUCCCGCUAAUGGUUCAUCUCCAUUUUCUGGAGACGCAAAGAGCAAUGUUAUUAAUCUGCGAAAUCAAAUCCGAAAGUCUCAGCAAGAUGUCCCGUUGCACUUUGUGUACCAAACUGCCGAAUGCCGUUUCUUUUACACAGCAAAGAUGUUGACGGAUUACAGUGUUCUUUGGCAAUAUGCUGCAGACGCUUUGUGGAGUAACCAAGGGCUCUGUGCCCAAGGUAGCACGAAUCACACUUCUUCUGGAAUUAAUGUCACCACCAUAACAGGCGUGGGAAAGAACGAUGGUACCAAUGGCACCACCUCAACUACCAAUGUAUCAUUUACUGGGUCAGGAAAUUCUAAUGGAGGAUUGAACGCGGCUCUUUUAAGUGGAGCCAUGGUUUGUUUUGCACUUUUGCUUUUGUAA